AUGGAUUCUGAUGAGAAGGCUUUCGCGAUAACAGAGAGAAACAAAGCUUUGCUAUCAAAAUGCUACGAGGCGGCUCUUGUUAAGAGUCACCUUGAAUCAUACUUAGCUUUGACUCGAGUCGACUCAGCGAUACAGGACUUGCUCUCAUGCCCUGAAAACAUGUGGAAGGAAGGGAUAAGUCCCGCUCUUGACACAGAUCUCAGAAAAUUGGCACAAAUUAGGGCUUUCUGAACCUUGACCUUACCGAAUUACAAGCAACGAUUUAUCAAGGUACAGACUUCAGCUUUCUCAGUACAAGGAUUGGCAUAAAGUAAAAGAAUACACACAGGAGCUGCUGCAUUCAGAUGAUGCCGGCUGGGUACCGCCCCAACUUGACUUUGAGAAAGUUCAAGCAAGGCAUAAUGAACUAUUCCAACUUUUAUUCAGAGAAAAUCAGAAGUCUUGCCAGAAGAGGAAGCAAAGAAGCUCUGGUUUUAUAUUGGCAAGUCAGAUGCGAGAAAAUAGGGA